AAAUUGCCAGGCAACUACUUAUUUACUUGCAAGUUGCCUGGCGAUAAGCUUGAUUGAUGACAAACUUCUCUCACUGUGAACACUAGACGAUGAUUUUUAGAAUUGUGUCGGCUACUGAAAACUCCAAAGGCCGACGAGUUUUUGAGGGCCUUGAGUUUUUGGUUCUUUGAGUAUUUGAAGUUCUGAAGAGAUAUUUAUGAAGUUUGGGUCCUUAUCUUUCUUUCCGUAAUUUUCGAGUGAGUGACAUUUGAUAUUGAUUGACCCUCUACUUUUAUUUGUCACUGAAUUUGCGGUGGCAAUGGCUCCACGCCCGGAGAAGAUGGACGUGGACAGUGGCAAGGGUGACGGCCUGAAGCCGUACUACAUUGCCAAGAUCGAGGAGCUGCUACUGGUGGUGGCCGAGAAGAGCCAGGACCUGCGCCGUCUGCAGGCGCAGAGGAACGAGCUCAAUGCCAAAGUCCGUCUGCUGCGGGAGGAGCUGCAGCUGCUGCAGGAGCAGGGCAGCUAUGUGGGCGAGGUCGUCAAGCCCAUGGACAAGAAGAAGGUGCUGGUGAAGGUGCACCCCGAGGGCAAGUUCGUCGUGGACAUCGAUAAGAACAUCGACAUCAACGAUGUGACGCCCAACUGCCGGGUGGCCCUGCGGAACGACAGCUACACACUGCACAAGAUCCUUCCGAACAAGGUGGACCCUCUUGUCUCGCUGAUGAUGGUCGAGAAAGUUCCGGACAGCACCUACGAAAUGGUCGGCGGUCUCGACAAACAGAUCAAAGAGAUCAAAGAGGUGAUCGAGCUGCCCGUCAAGCACCCGGAGCUGUUUGAGGCGCUCGGCAUCGCUCAGCCGAAGGGAGUGCUCCUCUAUGGGCCGCCCGGCACAGGGAAGACGCUGCUGGCGCGCGCCGUUGCGCACCACACUGACUGCACCUUUAUCCGCGUCUCCGGCUCCGAGCUGGUGCAGAAGUUUAUCGGCGAGGGCUCGCGCAUGGUGCGAGAGCUGUUUGUCAUGGCCAGGGAGCAUGCCCCGUCCAUCAUCUUCAUGGACGAGAUCGACAGCAUCGGCUCGACUCGAAUCGAGUCGGGCUCCGGUGGAGACUCUGAGGUGCAGCGAACUAUGCUCGAGCUGCUCAACCAGCUCGACGGCUUCGAGUCGACCAAAAACAUCAAGGUGAUCAUGGCCACCAACCGUAUCGACAUCCUGGACUCUGCGCUGCUGCGACCGGGCCGGAUUGACCGAAAGAUUGAGUUCCCGCCCCCGAACGAGGAGGCGCGCCUCGACAUCCUGCGCAUCCACUCGCGCAAGAUGAACCUCACCAGAGGCAUCAACCUGCGCAAAAUCGCCGAACUGAUGCCCGGCGCAUCGGGCGCAGAGGUCAAGGGUGUCUGUACGGAGGCGGGCAUGUACGCGCUGCGCGAGCGGAGGGUGCACGUCAACCAGGAGGACUUCGAGAUGGCCGUGGCCAAGAUCAUGCAGAAGGACUCGGAGAAGAACAUGUCCAUCAAGAAGCUGUGGAAGUAGUGGAUGGGAGGAGGGACCGACCGUUCCCUGCCGGCGCCCCUGGACCGGCGGGACUCUCUCAUACCGACGUCAGCCGUCGAUCUGUGUUCGGGCGGUCUUGUAACGCGCUCAGCUGCGACAACAUGCUUCUCUAUUGUCAUCGCUGGAUUACAAUAAAUCACACUGUGUCUAAA